AUAAAAUGGAAAGGAAUUACAUGAGUGUACUGUAUCUCCUCCCAUUUGAACUUUGGAAACUCUCUGCUGUAGUAAAGCGUUCCCAACAUGUGUAGUCAUUCUUUCUGUUCUACACCACAACCACCUCUCAAACUGUGCUCUUCAGACUGUGUAUUACAGGAGCGAUGCUGCUGUUGUGGAUAGCAUUAUCUCUCACCUGGCCUGGCACAAUUGGCUUUACGAUCCAUAGCAUGAAGGAAGGUCUGUGUCUCGAGGACUCGUCUGAAGGAGCUGUUGAGUUAAAGACAUGCAGUCUGGACUCAGUCCUGCAGCAGUGGAAGUGGACAGAUCACUGGCUCCUAGUAAACACAGGGACCCUGAGGUGUCUUUCUGCCAUCCGCACUGACCCAGUCCAGACUAUCACUUGUGAUUCUAGUGAACAUAUCAAAUGGCAGUGCAAAGCUCAACAGCUCAUCAGCCUGCAAAACUCUCUGGCAUUGAGCACAGAGAAAGGAAAACUCAGACUGAACACGGGUGAACCCGACACAUGGAAAUCUCUGGAUGCGGGCGACAUCUGCCAGAAUAAACAGAGGUCCAGAAGAGAAAGCGAUUUAGAGGCCGAUGAGUUUGACUUUGCUGAAGGGCCGCCUGCACCGAGAAUGACAGAGGCACAGAUGAAGUUUUUACAGUGGUAUUACCGCACAGAGGACCCAACAACAUGGAAGUUUGGCAUGCUGGCAUUUGCUUUUCUGGGUCUUCUGAUUGGCGCUAUGCUGAUGGUCAUGGGCAUGAUGGCUAACAGGAAUAGAAAACAAAUAGCCAAAUACAAAUCAGCCUCUAAAGUCACAGCGGUGAAAGAUGAAAGGGAGGAGUUGCAGGUCAUGGUCACUGAUAAGGUCACAGAGGUCAAGGAGGAGAAAACCCAUUUCACCCCAUCCGAAAACAACAGCCAUAGGGAUUGGGAAGAGCCUUCAGAGGAACUGAAGCCCGGAGAAAUUGUGGUGACCUGGAAGGACGGGAAUGUGUCUACUUUGUAUCCCGAACCUGCAGAGGAAGGACAAGGGGAAGAGGACGUCCACAACACACAUGUGGAGACUCUGUCCCAAAACUCCCCCCAAGCAAUAGUUUCAUCUGAGACAAUUGCAUUUUAACUUAGUCCUACUGUUUGUGUUGACUUUCACAUUAUAUUCCAAAUGAAGACAACAUCUGAUUGGUUGACAGAAUAUUUUAGAGUUAACCCAAGGCUAUAACCACAGGAAAGGGGCAAAUACCCACAGUAAUUCAAAUUUGAUAUUUUUCCACUGAGGGCAAAAAGUCAUUAUAAGAAUAAUUUUUAAAUGUUUUUGAAUAAAGUCUCUUAUGCUCACAAGGCUGCAUUUAUGCUAUCAAAAUACUGUAAAAACAGAAAUAUUGUUAAAUAUUAUUAUAAUUUAAACUAUAUAACUUUAAAAUAAAUAACUUUAUUUUCAUAUAUUUUUUGAGUGUAAUGUAUUCCCUGCAAAUGUUUACAACAUUGAUAAUAAUAAAAACAUUUUCUUGAGCGGCAAAUCAGGAGGAAUCAAUUGCAUUUUAAUUUGUAUUAAAUUAAAUUAAAUUAUCUGUAUUUAAUUAAAUGUCUUAAAAUAUAAAUAUUUUAAAUGUUGAUAAUAUUAGUGUUGUACUGUAUUUUGAUCAAAUAAAUACUCUCUUAGUGAGCAUUAAAGUUUUCUUUUAAAAACAAUUAUUUCUUGUAAUAACUUUUGGCCACCAGUGUUUAAUAAUUAUAGCACUUGGUUUCCCUAGCCCAAAAUAUAUGCUUUUAACUUUGGUUCAACCAACCAGAUUUAUAAUUACAUAAUAUAUUUACACAUAUAUUAAUUUCAAGUUUUAUAGUUUAUUUCAAAAGGCAUUUGUCAUAAAAAAAAAUGCAUCAAAAUUGGUCGCGAGUUAACUUUUUUUCUGAACCAUAAAGUAAUAGUUUACCGUACAAACUUUUAUGGAUUAAACCAAAUAUUUAAUUUUCAUAUCUUUAUGCUUCCCAUAUCAAGCAAUGUAAAUUAUUCUCUUCUCUCUCACUUGAUGUGAUGCAAUAUGAUAAACAUGGUAAUUUCAGUGUUUCAUCAAUACUAACAUUAUUUUUUAUAGUUUAACAAGAACAAAUAAAGAUAAAAGUGUUUA